GGCACGUCUGUCCCUCAGCAGCAGAAGCUCCACAGCUGCCGAGCCCUGGCCCCCAAGCCUCCAGCUCUUCCCUCCGCAGCCCCACCUCGGGGCCCUGCAGCCCAGGCUCUGCGGCAGGUGUGCCCUGAGCACCCUGCACACGGAGGGUUAACCUUGCAAGGGGCAGCGACCAUAUAUGGGAAACCCGGCCCUUUGAGCCUGUGAGGAGCUCCCGUCCUGCCUCUCUGGCUGCAGUCCCAGGCCCCGGCCCGGUGGCCGCCCCGCCACCCCGAGCAUGCGAGUGGCACUGGCCAUGGCUGCGUGGAUCAUCGCCCUGCUGCCCCAGGACGGGGUCGCCACCCACGCUCUGCCGGGCAUCGAAGAUGAAGCCUUCAGCCAAGCCUGCGUCCGGGCUCACAACAAGUUCCGAUCGGAGGUGAGCCCCAGGGCCAGCGACAUGCUGUACAUGACUUGGGACCCAGCACUCGCCCGAAUUGCCAAAGCCUGGGCCAGAAACUGUAGAUUUGAACACAAUGGACAGCUGCACUCAAAGACGCUGCACCCAAACUUCACUUCGGUGGGAGAGAACAUCUGGACUGGGUCUGUGUCCAUAUUUUCUGUGUCUUCAGCCAUCACAAGCUGGUACAAUGAAGUUCACGACUAUGAUUUCCAGACGCAGAAAUGCAACAAGGUCUGUGGCCAUUACACUCAGGUCGUCUGGGCAGACAGUUACAAGGUUGGCUGCGCAGUACAGUACUGUCCCACAGUUGCCGGCCUGCAAUUUUCCAACACAGCGCAUUUCAUAUGCAACUAUGGACCAGGACAAAGCUACCGAACGCCAUACAAAAGAGGAUCUACUUGCAGUGCCUGUCCCAAUAAUGACAAGUGUUUGGAUAAUCUCUGCACUAACCCACAGCGAGACAAAGUCACACGUUACUACUCUACUGUGUAUCCUGACUGGCCAAUAUUUUCACGCAACAGAUACUUAUCUCUCUUUCUCAUUGUUAGUUCACCAAUUCUAAUACUGAUUGCUAUAAUAACCAUUUGGGUCAAACAUAGGUAUCCUCAUUUAGUUAAUCUGAACUGAUAAAAUCCAGAAAAAACACAA